AUGAGACUGUGAGACUAUGAGUUGCGCGACUAUGAGAAACGAUUUAUUACUCAUACAUAUGUAAUGCUCUUGUGUGUUCCGCGGUAUACAUUAUUACAUACAGUACUUUCUCGCGAUUUUUCGUCGAGCUAAGUUUCUUUUUGAUCUAUUUCCAAAGAAAUAAACGAUAAAUUACGCUACGAAUGAAUAUUCGAGACAUUUGACCGUCUGUUACAAUAUUUUCCUUCGAUAAUAUGAUAAUACGAAAUGUCUUUCUACGACAAUCACUACUAUUACAUCAAUAAAAUGUUACUGUCUCUCAUCGGUCAAUGGCCAUUUCAAUCUCGACUCGAGGGUAACAUAAUGUUCGUCAUUACGCUGUUUUUCAUUUGCAGUCUGACUAUCUUAGAGUUAUGGGGACUAAUAGCUGGAAUAACAGAUUUAAGUGUCAUCAUAGAGAAUGUAUCGCCGUUACUGGUGAAUAACAGCGUUUUUAUAAAGCUAAUCAACUCUUUGUAUAAUAACUAUAAAAUGAAAGAUCUUCUUGAACACAUCGAAGAAACUUGGAAAAUGACGCAAACUAAACCAGAAAGAAAAAUACUAGAAAGUUAUGCGGAACAAACCAAAACGUUGACAAUACAAUAUGCAAUCACAAUUUAUGCAAUGUGGAUAUCUUACUCUACAAUGCCAUUUGUCAUCAAAGGAAUACAUUUGCUUUUACCUUCAAAUGAAACAUACCCAGUAAAAUUUCUAUAUCGUUUGGAACAUGUUCUCGACGUGGACAAGUAUUUCAACCUUUUAAUGCUUCAUGGAAUUAUUAGUAUAUUUUAUAUAGUGUCGAUACCGAUUGCUGUUGAUACCAUGUUUAUACUUUACGUUCAACAUACCUGCGCAUUAUUUAAAAAUAUAUGCAACAUGAAGAAUAUACGAAGCUCAGAUUUUGAGAUGCUUAAGCCGGAUAUAGCCAAUGAUGAAACCUAUCAUAUUAUAAUUAAAUAUGUCAAAUCCUAUAAAUAUGCUUUAAGAUUUUCCGAUCUUCUAUCAUCUACCUAUACGACAUGCAAUUUUUUCUUAUUAGGAAACGUGAUAAUAUCUUUAAGCUUCAGUGCAGCUGAGUUAAUAAUGGUGGCCAAUGAAUUAGAUGAAAUUGUCAGAAUUAUUGCUUCUAAUAUGGCACAAUUGAUACAUAUAUUUUACUUGAAUUUAAUUUCUCAACGACUGAUCGAUCACAGCAGCAGACUUCAGGAAGCAAUUUAUAACUGCGAUUGGUACAAAUUAUCCCUAAGAUCCAGACAUCUAUUGAGAUUCAUGUUAAUGAGGGCCAUUAAACCAUGUUACAUAAGAGCUGGUAAAAUGUACGUAAUGUCACUGGAAAACUUUAGCUCGAUAUUACAAGUUUCUAUGUCUUACUUCACUAUGCUUACGUCUAUGCAAAUUUAAUUAUUUAAU